AUUAACACAUCCCUGUGAAAAACGCGACUUUGGCAAAAUUCUCCAUUUCAUGUCAACAAAUGGGAACACAACGUAUUGCAAUAUAUGCCAGUGUAACAAUGCGCGAAAUAAAAAAUGUCAAGUUACCCCAGACUUCACAACAUGUGUUAAGAAACUAUUGAAUAACCACUAUAUAAAAGUUGAAAAGCGACAAACCCGCCAGUAUUGGGACAUUCCGUACCAAGGAAGUUUUACUUGUUGGAAUUGUAACGUUUGGAUUGGUUACCAGGACUCAGAUCGAAGGUACACCCCGCCUACUACAACUACGAUACACCCACUUGCCAUCAAUGAAGGAAUUAUAACGAAACUGAGCGAUUCCUACGCAAAUGAUGACGCAAGAAGGAUAGGAUGCCUUUUUUCCGCAUCAUAUCCCGCCUUUAAAUAUUUAUCUUGCAAUCCGUUCGAAACUGCGGAUAAGGAAGGCAUCGAUUUAAGUAAUGAACCCAUUCAACCGAUGAAAUGUUGUACGCGUCAACCCGACUCAGCAAACGGGAUUUGCGCCCCGAAUCCAUUCAAGGAUCAGAGUGCCCCAUUUAUUUGUCUGUGUACCGCUACCAAGAGUUCAUGUGCCGGUCGGUUUACUGGGUUACCAUGUUGUCAAAAGGAUGCAACUUGUGUCAAUGGUAAAUGUGUUAAAAAUGGGAGAUGUAUCGCAAACGGGGUCCAAUGUUAUUCUAAUUCCGACCAUUGUUGCAACGGCAAAUGCACUUAUCACAGCGACGCUUGGGCAAUACGUCCCAGUCUCCGGUGUGGGCCGUAGAUCCUCCCAUUUUCGGAAUAGAGUUGGACAUACUUCUGCAAAAAAAAUCAAUCAAAUUCAUAUUUGUCCACUCCGAUCUUGACCAUCCUGAACUGUUGAUUUAUCAAUAAAGUUGGAAAUUUCGACCCAAA